GUAUUACUGCGGUGGCGUGCGCCCUCAACCUGUCACGGACUGUUGUAGCAUUAGCGUGAGUUCUACAGCAGGGACGGGCAUGGUAGUGUGUACUAAAGUUUGACAGAAAGAGCUGUGGCGUGAUGGAGGAUUUCUGGGCCGUGGUCCUGGCAGGGCUGAAGGUGUGGGUAUACCUCAUUGUGGCUCUUCUCAUGGUGCCUGCCAUGUUUGGAUUCUCCCUGGGCAUCUCUGAGACCUACAUGAAGAUCCUCAUAAAAACCCUGGAGUGGGCCACGUUGAGGAUCCAGACAGUCAACACAGAGCAGCAGAUUCUCAAGUCCCCUUCAUUCAAUGGCCUCAUCCAGAGAGAAGAAGGGUCUAUGGAGAAGGAGCUGGGGGAGUUAAGGCGCAGUCGUCCUAAAUCACCCCUAGGGGGAGACUUCUCCCUCAGCGACUGCUUCUACUUCUACAGGCGAGGCGUCGAGGAUAUCGUCGAGGAUGAGGUGACCCAGCGGUUUUCAUCGGAGGAGCUGGUCUGGUGGAACCUUCUAACUCGAACCAACUACGACUUUCAUUACAUCAGCCUCAAACUGACCAUGGUCUGGGUUUUGGGGGUGUUCGUACGCUACUGCAUCCUGGCUCCUCUCAGGAUCAUGCUGGCGUCCAUUGGCCUGACCUGGUUGGUGAUCGGAACCACCAUUGUGGGAUUCCUCCCUGAAUGGAGGCUGAAGUCCUGGCUCAGUGAAUGGGUCCAUGUGAUGUGCUAUCGGAUCUGUGCCCGAGGCCUCUCUGCUACCAUCCACUACCACAACAAAGAAAACCGACCCAGAAAAGGAGGAAUCUGUGUGGCCAAUCAUACCUCUCCGAUUGAUGUGGUCAUUCUCUGCAACGAUGGGUGUUAUGCCAUGGUGGGCCAGUCACAUGGUGGGUUGAUGGGAGUGCUGCAGAGAGCCAUGGCGAAGGCCUGUCCUCACAUCUGGUUUGAGAGAGCUGACAUGAAAGAUCGCCACCUAGUGGCCAAGAGAUUGAGGGAUCAUGUGAAUGACAAGACAAAACUUCCUAUCCUGAUCUUUCCAGAGGGAACCUGCAUAAACAACACAUCAGUCAUGAUGUUCAAAAAGGGAAGUUUCGAAAUUGGUGCAACAAUAUACCCAGUGGCCAUAAAGUAUGAUCCCCAGUUUGGAGAUGCCUUCUGGAACAGUGCCAAGUACAACAUGGUGAGCUACCUGCUCCGGAUGAUGACCAGCUGGGCAAUAGUCUGUGAUGUCUGGUACCUGCCUGCCAUGCACCAACAGGAAGGGGAGGAUGCUGUCCAGUUUGCCAACAGAGUCAAGUCAGCCAUCGCACAUCAAGGUGGUCUACUGGACCUUUGCUGGGACGGGGGCUUGAAGAGGGCCAAGGUGAAGGACACCUUUAAAGAGCAGCAGCAGAAGAUGUACAGCAACAUGUUGGUCAGGGGUGAGGAGGAAAGCAGCCAUAACAGUGACAAACUUCCCCCACCAUGAAGGGACCCUCUCAUUAAUUAGCAACCUACCCUGCAAAAAGACCAGCAGGAGACCCGCAGGAGACCCACAGGAGAUUACAAGACCCACAGGAGAUUACAAGACCCACAGGAGAUUACAAGACCCACCGGAGACCACAAGACCCACCGGAGACCACAAGACCCACCGGAGACCACAAGACCCACCGGAGACCACAAGACCCACAGGAGACCACAAUGUUUAAAAAAAGAAAAAUGUACGACAGGCAGUGGUCAUAUCACUCUUCGGUUUGACCACUGAUCAAGCAGUCAACACAUGUAUUCACUUUGACAGCAUAUAGAAGGGGAGUUAGGCCUGUCAGAAUGCUCUCCUCUAGGUGUUUAGAUUAGAAUAGUUCAAGAUUGCACUGGCACUUACUGACAACCACUGGCCAGACUGACUUCACUGCUGGGACAUUUAUAGUCUGCAAACGUUCUGAUAACAGACGGCCCGGUGACUUCACAAGUGGAAGGUACUGGGGUUAGAUCAGUGCAAUGGGACUGUAAAGGAUGUGGCAGGUUUUGUUUAGCUCCCAAGUUCUGAAUGUGGCAUGUUGUUAUGCGAUGGCUACCCGGUCAUUUUGUCAUUUUUGUGUAGCUGUUCUUCAUUUAAUUCCAGUUGACCAACAACAGCUGUGUUUGGAAAUAAACAUUAGCCAACAACUGUUGCCCUAUGUAGUGGUGUCUUCUUUAACAAGCUAAGCUUCCGGGACAAGCAAGUGAACAACACUGAAGUUCGUGCAUUGAAGUAUUUUACUGUGACAUCAGACACACACAGGUCACGGAGGAGAACAAUGCAGUUUGAUCGUUAACGCUGUUAUCUGGUGGAUGACCCCAGUGGAUGACCCCAGUGGACCUGGUGAUUGGCAGAUUUGCAAGGACGGUCCGGAAAAGAAUGAGCAGGUGUGAUUGGAAGGAGUCCAUGGGAACCUACUGGACGGCACUUCAAGUGACACAGCAGGGCGUUGGUGUCCACGCUCCAUAUAAGUGCCGGCCUUAAUGUCCGAAGUAGCUGUAGGUUUCUAAAG